CUGGAGUUAAUUAAAGCUACCACAGUAAGCGGUUUACUACUGAGAAACUCGAAGCCUUUUGAGGAGGUUGCAGCUCACUCUCAACACACACCACACCUCCACUGCGUUUUAUUUUAAGUUUAGGCAAAAGAGAAAGAUUCUUGAUUCAGGGCAAAUGGAAAUGGGCAUUUGCUGAAACUUAUUAAGAGCAUAAAGGCAAAAAAAAAAAAAAAAGAGGGUUCUUGAUAAACCCCUCUGACCCUCUGUUGAUCAGAGGGGAAGAAUCAAAUUUUUGAUUAGAUAUUUGUAGUGGGAAUCUUUUUGAUCUUUCUCCUCAACCCAUACAUAUCCAGGUUCUUUUUUUUUUUACUGCCCUUUGCUAAAAGGUUAGUCUUUUCUUGUUUUCUCAGCUCGUGCUCCACUGCAGCUCAGUACGUACUAAUUAAGACAAGUUGGAAAAAGGAAAAAAAAUUGGUUCCGUUCUUUACUUGCUUUUUUUGUUUUUUUUUUUUUGGGGCUUUCAUUUCAUGGUUUUUUGAUGAUUCCUACUUUUGAGAACCACUUGAAAUAGUACUUUUCCACUACUUCAAAUACGGGAUUCAACUUUGAUAUUUGUUGCAUGAGGGGUUUUGCUUUCAAAGUUGACUCUUUUUACUGGUGGAGGAGGAUGGGUUUUAAGUUUUAGACGCCUUUUAGUGUUUUGGGGGUUGCUUUGCUUAGCUCAAUAUAGUUGGUAUUCUGAGAACCUGAACAUUGUUGGGUUCUCUGGGUUGAGUUUUCUGUAUCACCUCUUUAGGUAUAAAUUACUUAUUUAGUUGAUUACUGUGACAUUUACUUUGUUUCCAGUUUUUUGCUCUUCUGAAAUUCUUGUUCGUAUGGUUAAUUCUUCCUCCAUUCAUUGAGAUCUCUCUCUGUUUAUUAAUGAAAACUUGACCUUGUUAAGUCUCUGCUCCCUUAUUUUGCUUGAAUUUGUAUCCUCUGUUGUCUGGUGUCUUAAUUUGCUAGCUUGCUUGUUGCUAAUGUGGUGGCUCAGUUUCUUGGAAUAUGUCCUUUUCAAAGCCUGGCCUUAUUACUUUACUGUACUAUCCAUAAUUUAGGUUCUGCUUCUUCUGUGAUUCAGCAAUCUCUUUUCUAACUGUUUCAAUUUGUUUUGGGAAAGGGUCUCAAGCUGUGAUCUGGAUUAAAAUUACAAACUAAUUGGGAAUUAAAUAAUGUCAUAUGAAAAUUUAGCUGCCAACUUUGGUAUGGGUGUACUGCUACCUCUAUGGAGUUUCUAUUUGUUGCCUUAUUUUCGUUGCCCCUUUGUUGAUUUUCAUCAAUAGCACUUUGGAGUUUUCAAUUAGUUGCAGUUUCACGCUAUGAUUAAACAAGGUUCCAUUGAGGUAUUAUAAUUGUUGAGGUGCAUUCUUUUGGCAGGUUAAUUUGUCCAUACCUAUGGGAUCGAGAUCUUAUUCAAACUUGUUGGAUUUAACUUCUGGUGAUUUGCCGAAAUUGGUCCGAGGAUCUGGGAAGAAGCUCUCUCGAGUUGCAACUACACCAGGAAAAUUGUUUGAGUUAGAGGAUGAAAGUAGGAGCAAUGUGAGCUCUGAUGCUCAGUCUUCUGUUUCCGAGGAAAGAAUGAUCAUUGUCGGAAACCAGCUUCCCAUUCGAGCACAUCGAAGAACAGAUGGUGAAGGAGGAUGGAACUUUAGUUGGGAUGAGGACUCCCUUCUUUUGCAACUUAAGAAUGGCCUCAGGGAAGAUGUUGAAGUUUUAUAUGUUGGCAGCCUCAAAGAAGCGAUAGAUCCAAGUGAACAAGACGAUGUAGCUCAAACUCUCCUCGAAACCUUUAAAUGCGUUCCUGCUUUUAUUCCUCCUGAACUUUUCAGUAAAUUCUAUCAUGGAUUCUGCAAACAGCACUUAUGGCCUUUAUUUCAUUACAUGCUUCCUCUAUCCCCUGAUCUUGGUGGCAGGUUUGAUCGUUCCCUGUGGCAAGCUUAUGUGUCUGUCAACAAGAUAUUUGCGGACAAAGUUAUGGAAGUGAUCAGUCCUGAUGAUGAUUUUGUCUGGGUUCAUGACUACCACUUGAUGGUGUUACCGACAUUUCUCAGGAAGAGAUUCAACAGGGUGAAACUUGGAUUUUUCCUCCAUAGUCCGUUUCCAUCAUCGGAAAUCUAUCGAACUUUACCUGUAAGGGAUGAUCUUCUUCGAGCACUCUUGAACUCCGACCUUAUUGGCUUCCAUACAUUUGAUUAUGCGAGACAUUUCCUUUCUUGCUGUAGUAGAAUGCUCGGGAUCUCCUACCAAUCUAAACGAGGUCAUAUUGGGUUGGAAUACUAUGGUCGCACGGUUAGCAUUAAGAUUCUGCCUGUUGGAAUACACAUGCACCAACUUCAAUCUGUCCUCGACCUUCCUGAGCUUGAAGCCAAGGUUGCAGAAUUACGUGAUCAAUUCCAGGGUCAGACUCUUCUGCUUGGGGUUGAUGACAUGGACAUUUUCAAAGGAAUAAGCCUGAAACUGCUGGCCUUUGAGCAAUUGCUCACUCAACAUCCUGAAAAGAGAGGUAAGGUUGUUUUGGUUCAAAUUGCGAACCCUGCUAGGGGCCGAGGGAAAGAUGUACUGGAAGUCCAGACUGAAACUUAUGCUACAGUGAAGAGGAUCAAUCAGAUCUUUGGACGACCAGGAUAUAAGCCUGUGGUUUUGAUUGAUACACCACUCCAAUUUUAUGAGCGGAUUGCUUAUUAUGUAUCUGCUGAAUGCUGCCUGGUUACUGCAGUUAGGGAUGGGAUGAAUCUGAUUCCAUAUGAGUAUAUCAUAUCUCGACAAGGGAAUAGUAAGUUAGACAAAACAUUGGGCCUGAAUCCUUCAACACCAAAGAAAAGCAUGCUGGUUGUCUCUGAGUUCAUUGGAUGCUCUCCAUCUCUUAGUGGUGCAAUCAGGGUUAAUCCAUGGAACAUUGACUCUGUUGCUGAGGCUAUGGAUUCUGCUUUAAUUGUUUCUGAAGCAGAGAAGCAAAUGCGCCAUGAGAAGCAUUAUAAGUAUGUAAGUACUCAUGAUGUUGCAUACUGGGCUCGUAGCUUCUUGCAAGAUCUCGAGAGAGCUUGUAGGGAUCAUGUCAGGAGGAGGUGUUGGGGCAUCGGUUUUGGUUUAGGUUUCCGAGUUAUUGCCUUGGAUCCAAGUUUCAGGAAGCUGUCAGUUGAACAUAUUGUGUCUGCUUAUAAGAGAACAAAAAACCGUGCUAUUCUUUUGGAUUAUGAUGGUACUAUGACAGUUAACAGUCCAAUCUGUACAAGCCCCAGGGCAGAGAAUAUUGAAAUCUUAAAGAACCUGUGUAGAGAUCCCAAGAAUGUUGUUUUUGUUGUGAGUGGGAAGGAUAGGAAGACGCUUACGCAGUGGUUUUCAGCUUGUGAAACAUUAGGGAUCGCGGCAGAACAUGGUUACUUUUUCAGACCUAAUAAGAAUGCAGCAUGGGACAAUUGUAUUCCCGUGCCAGAUUUUUACUGGAAGCAGAUUGCUGAACCUGUAAUGCAACUCUACACAGAAACAACUGAUGGUUCGUUCAUAGACCCGAAGGAAAGUGCUUUAGUCUGGAACUACCAGUAUGCUGAUCCUGAUUUUGGUUCAUGUCAAGCUAAGGAGCUUUUAGAUCACCUUGAAAGCGUUCUUGCUAAUGAACCAGUUUCCGUCAAGAGUGGCCAGCACAUUGUGGAAGUUAAACCUCAGGGUGUUAACAAGGGCCUAAUAGCCGACCGCCUUCUGGAGACAAUGCAGCGAAAGGAAAUACUUCCAGAUUUUGUUCUUUGUAUUGGAGAUGAUCGAUCAGACGAGGAUAUGUUUGAAGUGAUAAUGACUGCAGCUUCCAACGCAUCCCUCUCUCCAGUUGCUGAAGUGUUUGCUUGUACAGUUGGCCAGAAACCAAGUAGAGCCAAGUAUUACUUGGAGGAUACCGCUGAGAUAUUGAGAAUGAUGCAGGGUCUUGCCACAGCUUCUGAGCAAUCAACUAAAACUACAGCUCAAGCUUCUGAGCAAUCAACUAAAACUACAGCCCAAGCUUCUCAGCGAGUUAUCAUUGAAAGGGAAUGAAGCUGUCGGCGUAGUCCCGCAUCUAAAUUGAAAUGGGUUGUGCAGGUAGAUUAAUGUAGAGAUCAUUUAGCUUUCUCUCAAAGAUGCAGUUGUCAUGAUUAUAUUCAUCAUUGAGAAGUCUGUUGUUUCAAAUAUAAGUAAAACUUACGUAAACUUCUAACUUACAAUCCUUUUAGUGGUAUUGGUGAUCGACCAAUUCUUGUUUUCGCAGUUUGAUUACAGUUAGAUUGCCCCUUCUUUGCAUGAGUUAAACCCCAAACGCUGUUUAGGCAAUCUAUUUGAGCAAAUUGUUUUGACAUAGAAACAUUUAGAGGAUUAAUUAAGGGUAAUGAUUGUUGGAUGAAAAUUUACAAAGA